UAUGGUUGCCAGCCAGCCAGCCAGCCAGCCAGCAAGUCAGUCAGUCAGCCAGCCAGCCAGCGAGCGUCGACUCGUCAAAUGACAAACGGCAAAGUUUCAAAGAAGUUGGCUGCGCGUGCGCGGAAAGGAGGAAGAAGCCUCCCGCGGGUGCGAGCACAGAGAUGCUUGAUGGCCACGUCCCCUUGGAGACACACACACACACACACACACACACACAAGCGCAACACGUGAUGAGCUUUAGUGCACGGCUUUAGACUGGGGGGAGGAGGAGGAGGAGGAGAGAGCGACGACUCCAACGCACAACAAGCUUCUUCUUUUUGCUCCCCUUCUUCGUCUUUUUGACUUGAGUGACUUGCGAGUUACUCGGGAGAGCGAGGAGGGGGGGGGGCGAGAGAAAGAGAGCGAGAGCGAGUGAGAGACAGGAGGAAGAGGAGGGAGGGGGAGCGAGAGGAGGAGAAGCGGAGUAAAGUUUGUCCAAGUUUGCACAUCCCUUCGGAAACGCCAUUUUGAUUCGGAUCAACUUUGCAGCCUCUCUCUCCGCCGUCACUGCCUUCAUCCUUCUUCCUCGUCAUCCUGCCCGUCGUCAUCUCAUCUCGGCCGGCCGGCCCGACGGCCACGAUGUCUCGGCUCGAGCAGGCCAAAGUCCAACUGUGAGCGGCGGUCGCGGAUGCCGGUCGAGCGAGAGAGGCCUUCCUUUGCAGAUAUGGAGAACACCACGGAGAAGCGGGAAGCGGCCGGAGCCGACUCGGCGCCGAACGGCGGAGAGGCGGCGGACGUCGGCCCUCCAAGUGCGUCCGGCGCCGUUUUCGGUCUCCCCUUUAUUUGCCGGCGCGCUUUGUUGCCAGCCUUCCCUCUCCGCCCGACAGCCGCACCGGAGAGGACGGACGAGGGCGCCCGGAGCGCCGGCGGCGGCGAAGACUUGUCCUCCAUCAACGCCAUGAUGUCGGCGGUCAUGUCGGCGGCGGGCGGCAUCAACGGAGGAGGAGACGCGGGAAGCGACGUCGCUCCCGGACCCUCGCCGAGCCCGUCCCCCGACAAGACGCCCGCGGCGGCGGCCGUCAGGGCGCCGCCCGGCCGUAACGUCCGACGAAGCCAGGACGCCAAAGACGAGCGCGCGGCUCACGUCUGCCCGCUUUGCGACAAGAGCUGCCAGUCGCAGCAUCAGCUCACCAUGCACAUCAGACAGCACAACGCGGACGCGGGCGCGACGGACCACUCGUGCAGCAUUUGCGGCAAGUGUUUGAGCUCGGCGUCUUCGCUGGAUCGCCACAUGCUGGUGCACAGCGGCGAAAGGCCCUACAAAUGCAGCGUCUGCUCGCAGACUUUCACCACCAACGGCAACAUGCACAGACACAUGAAGAUUCACGAGAAAGACCCGGCCAGCGGUCUCCUGCCCGUAAGCCCGCCGUCGCCCACCAAGCGACGUCGACCGUCCGUCAAGAGGCGACAGGGCCAGGAGGACGAGGGCGCCGAGGAGCCCCCGGCCAAGAAGGUGACGGAGGAAUCUCCUCCAGAGGAAGCGGCGGUACCGCCGCCGGCGUCCGCGGCGCCGCCGCCGGGGGACGACGUCGCGCUCCCUUGUCCCAUCUGCUUCAAGACCUGCGUCGGUAGACCGGAGCUGGACACGCACAUGGACACGCACCCGGACACCACGCUCAGGUGCGACCUGUGCUGCCUUUCCUUCCGGACCCACCGCGGUUUGUUGCGUCACAACGCGGGGGUCCACAAGCUCCUGCCCCGAGACCCCGGCGGGCGACCGUUCAUCCAGAGCAAUCCGUCCAUCCCCGCCGGCUUCAACGACUUGGCCUUCAUCGACUUCUCCUGCAAGAAAUUUGCUCGCAUCGCCCAGGUGUGGUGCGAGACCAAUCUCCGGCGCUGCGUCGGCAAGUUUCACCGCUUCGUGUGCGAGCGCUGCGACAAGGCCUUCCCGCUGCGCUCGGCUCUGGACCUCCACAAGAGCCACGGACACUCGCCGGCGGUUAGCGACGCCCAUGACGGCGUCUCUCGGGACGCCCCGCUUUCCCCGCGGGAUCACUUCAUGGAGGCGCUAGGACUCCGACACGUUUCCAAGGUGAAGCGCCCCCCCACGGAGGACGAGAUCCACCAAGCGCACCUGGACAGCAUCAAGGUCAUCCACGUGGAGCCCCUGAGCUGCAGCCUCCCCCAGGAGCCCGCCUUCCUACCGGCGGGCACGGGCGGUCCGGCGGCCCCGGGCGGCACCCCGCCGGAUCGGACGUGUACCCUGCAGGGUCUGUCCCAAAGGGACGCCCUGGGUCUGCUGUCUCUGCAGCCCUUCCAGGCGGGCUUCCCGCUGCAGCCGGACGGCGGCGGCGCCGCUACCGCCGGCGGCGGGAGCGCCGUCAAGCCGGGCGAAGCGGCCGGCGUGCUGGAGCCGGCCGACGUCCGCCGCGUCCUCAAAGCGGCCGCCGCCGCGACCGAUCAAACCGGGCCGGGCUUUCCGGGUCUCAAGGCGGCGCCGACCGAGGCCGAGCCCCCUCCGACGCCUCGCUCGGAUCUGACGCCGGGCACGCCGCCGCCCCUGCGAAGUUCGCAGCGGGCCUCGCUGGGCCACGUCGGCCCCGGGUUACCGCCGCCCGGCCCCGCCCUCUUCGAGACGCGGCCUCCGUCUUUGGCGGACGGCCGCCGCCUCCCCUCGGACUCGCCGCCGGCCGCCGCGGCCGCGACUCGCGAGGAGGGCAGAAAGAGGGCGGCGGGCGAGGCCGAGGGCCGCUUCCCGUGCCGCUUCUGCGACCAGGUCUUCUCCUUUUCGGGCGUCCUGCAGGCUCACAUGCGCUUCCAUUUGGGCAUCCUGCCUCACCAGUGCAACAUCUGCGAUUACGUAGCGCCCGACAAGGCCACGCUGAUCCGCCACCUGCGCACCCACAGCGGCGAGCGCCCCUACAUUUGCCGCGUCUGCCACUACCCCUUCACCGUCAAGGCCAACUGCGAGCGCCACCUCAGGAAGAAACACGGCAAGACGUCCAGGAAGGACAUCGAGAAACACAUCAAGUGCGUCUUCUCCGCCGAGCCCGGCGUCUCUUCGAUCGACGCCCGCGCGGGGCGAGGCGGCGCCGACGCGGCCUGCCGAUUCUGCGGAGAGGACCUGAAGACGUACCGGGCCCUGCAGAUCCACUUGCGCACGCACAACGGCUGCCGACGGAAACCCUUCGAGUGUCGCCGCUGCGGCGCCGCCUUCCUGGCCAAGCGCAACUGCAUCCACCACCUCCUCAAGCAGCACCCGGAGGUCCAGGAGCGCGAGAUCGAGGAGCACAUCGCCGCCACCGCCGCUCGCCUCCCCGCGCUCGGCCCCGUCAAGACGGAGGACUACGGGCGGGAUCCCGACCAGCCCCUGGACUUCUCGGCUAAGGGCCGAGGCGCUUUGACGGCAGUCAAAGCGGAGGGCGCGUCCCCAGUCUCCGAGCUCCCCUCCUCAGACCAGCCCGUGGACCUGUCCGUUCCCGGCAAGCGUCUCUGGCGGGAGGAGGCCGAGAGGCGCCGGCUUUUCGCGGAGCAAAACGGCGCCGCUCCCCAACGCCGAGACAAGCCGGCGGCCGCGUCGCCUCUCGGGGCCGUCCGCUUACCCGCGGGCCUUCCGCCGGGCCCCUCGCCCCGCCCCCAGCGCCUCAAGCCCCUCCUGCCUAAACCCACCUCCGUUAAGGAGCUGCCCCCUCUGGCCUCCAUCGCCCAGAUCAUUCACUCCGUGUCCGCCGCCCCCGACCUGCUGAAAAGAGAGGCGGCGGAGACCGACCGUCAGCCGGCGACCCGGUCGCCCUCGGCCCCGCCGGGCGUCACCGCCGUCCCGGAGACGCCCGCCGACGACACCGCCAGGAAGAAGAACAGGAAGAAGAGCGCUCACGACGUCCUUCCCGUCCUGGGCGGCGGCGUGGACUUGGAGUCCAGCGGCGAGUUUGCCAGCGUGGAGAAGAUGCUGGCCACCACCGACGCCAACAAGUUCACCGACUUCCUGCAGACCGAAGACGUCGCGUCAGAAAGCGCCGCCGGAGACGGCCACCGAGCGGGCGGCGGCGCGGACAAGGAGGCGGUGCCGAAAGAGCGCGCCAAGACGGCGGCGCCGCUUCCGCAGUCCAAAGGCAAGAAGAACGCCUACUCCAACUCUGUCCAGAAGAUGACCUGUCCCUUUUGUCCUCGCGUCUUCCCGUGGGCCAGCUCGCUGCAGAGGCACAUGCUCACGCACACCGGUCAGAAGCCCUUCCCGUGCCCUCGCUGCGACGCCUUCUUCUCCACCAAGUCCAACUGCGAGCGCCACCUUCUCAGGAAGCACGGCGUCACCAACCGCACGCUGAGACGCAACGGCGUAACGGCCAAGAAAGAAAGCGACGACGGCUCGCCCGAGAGCGCGGGGAGCCAGUCGGACGCGGAGCAGCCGGUCGACGAGCGGUCGCCCGCGGGCCAUCCGGCCCCCCUCCGAGACGCGCCCCCAGAGCAGAAGGCGGAGGAACCCGCGCCGCCCGGCCCGAACGUGUCGGGUCCCGCCCCGACGUGCGAGCUCCAGCCCCGGCAGAGAGCGGCGGACGCCUCCCGAGAAACGGCCCGGCCCGCGCCGCCCGCCGCCGAGCGCGACGACGACGACUGUCAGAGCGACAAAAGUUUGGAUUUGAACUUUGGCUCCAAGCUGAUCGACUUCAAGCUGUCCGACUCGGCCGGCGCCGCCCCGUCGACGGAGGCCCCCGACGGCCCCUCGGACCGAAAGCACGUCUGCGGCGCGUGCCGCAAAACUUUCCGCUACGCCACGACGCUGGCCCGCCACGAGAAGGCGCACCUGAGCCGGGAGGAGGCGUCCGAGGGGAAAGAGGCGGCGCCCCGGGAGAUCGACGACGACGGCGCCGAGGAGGAGCCGGAGACGGGCCCGGACGAGGCGGAGGAGCGCGGCGACGCCCCGGAGAGCGACGACGACGACGACGACGAAGACGAGAAGGACGAGCGCAGCGACGAGGAAGCCAAGAGCCCGGAGGGCGACGAGGAAGCCAAGAGCCCGGAGGGCGGCGAAGUGGCCGACGGCGCCGUGGCGGACAAACGUAAAAAGAAGACCUGCGCCGUUUGCGCCAAACGAUUCUGGUCGCUGCAGGACCUGACCAGACACAUGAGGUCGCACACAGGCGAGCGUCCUUAUCGCUGCGCCACGUGCGAGCGAACGUUCACGCUCAAGCACAGCCUGGUCCGCCACCAACGCAUUCACGCCAACAAGACGGCCGGCGAGGACGGCGGGGGCCGCCCCCCCUCCGAAAACGAGAGCGCCAAGGACUCGGACGGCGGGGGCCGCCCCCCCUCCGAAAACGAGAGCGCCAAGGACUCGGACGACGGCCGCGUCUCGGACCCGGAGCGUCCGGUCGGAGCGCCUCCCGAGCCGCCGGAUCCCCCGGCCGACGCGGAGCCUCCGUCGGCGGCCGCGGUUUGAGCGCGGGGCGGGGAGGAGACCCCGCCUUCGAUAAGUGCCUUACUACUCGUCCUUUAAGACUUUUUUUUAACUUUUGUUUCGUCAGCGAGGAGAUCGGGAAGGCCGACGCUACUCGUAACUGGAAAAGACGGCGGACGAACGAAUGCCACCGCGUCACGUGCGAGGACUUCUCGGUUGACUUUUUGUUUUGACAUUUCGUGGUGUGGGGAGGGAUUUUUUGUUUUUGUCUUGAGUUUGUAUGUGAACAAAGGUAAUCGCCUCUCGCUAGUUAGGGCGCGCGCGAGAGCUUUCGUCCUCGAUCCCGUCAUCCCGCUCGCUAGCUUGACGCGAGCCGUUUUCCCACCCCGUUAGCUUUCGCGCCGAGCCGCCUCGGGAAGGCCGAGCGGUAGUUUGCCGGGACGAGCCGACGCCUUCCGAAAGGAUCCGUCGUUCGAUUGGCUCCAUUUGUACGCGACCUCCGACGCUAAUGGCGUCUGGAGCAAAACUGCGACGCUAACGGCGUGACGCGCGCAAAGCUAGACUGCUCAAGUAUUAGUGGAUCGACCCCGUGACACUUCGAGCCAAUACGCGUCAAAUUUCGAGGCAAUUUUUUCUUUUGAUUCUCCCUUUUCUUCCGUUUUGUUCAAUGGCGUCAGAGACAAUCAAAUGCAAGUGGAAUAAAAACUUGCUGGGAUGGAAGGAAACACUAGCCUGUGUCACUGGAUACAACUUGACUUUAGUUAAGGGGGUAGGGGGCGAGGGGUGGGUUUUUUUUUUUCCAUUUUCCUCCAAAUUUGAUUGCGGUGACCACCGCUCUGACUGGACACUAACUACGACUACAGUAGCCUACUCUUGUAGGACGGUCAUCCACUCUUUUUAGCUAAAUGAGGCGAGAAAAUCAUCAAAUAUCGCUCGUCAGCUAGCUAGCUUGACGUCAGCUGCUUUUGUCACAGGAGGCGAGCCUAGUUUAGUUUCCCAGUGACUUUAGCCCCGCCCCCCGAAACAAUAACGUGUAACUGUGCGCGUGCGUGCUCGACCGUGUGCGUGGGUUGUUUGGAAAAGUAUUUAUUUGGCGCCCGGCUUUGUCCACUCGCCAGGACGUUUGCCAGCCCCUUGUUUGAAUGUUAAGCGAGCGAGCGAGCGAGCGGAGGCAACGCGGCCGGGCAAUAGCAACAUCCAAGAAAGAAAAAAAAAAGCUUUAAUCAUCAAAUUUUUUCUGUCAAACUGUGAACUUUAUUAUUAUUUGAUGUUUUUCUCUUUUGGGUGACUUGUAGAUUAGUAUUUUUUUCUUUGCAUGUUUAAUCAAAGAUGCUUGGUGAUUUCCACACACAAAUAAAGACAAUGUUGCUCUCAGGGUUCCGUUUUUCUUUUGCUUCCUGAGACGCAAACACAUUUUCUGUCAAUCAAUCACGCCGGCCGGCACUCGCGCCGAGGAAAAAGUCGUCGAUGAAAGGCAAAAUAAUAAAGCUCGUAAACGCAGCCUCCUGCCGUCUAUCUCUUUGGCGUCCGUCCGCGCCGAAUGGGCUUCCGCUCCCUUCCCGUUCUCGCAUUGAGCUCGCGGGAAGGGACGGAACGUCGUACGGGAACGUGGCGAACGAACGGACGGGGAGCGGAAGCCGCCGGACGGAACCGGAGGCGCGGCUCUAGGCGGUGGCUGCUUUCAUCAGGGCCUGCUCCCCAAAGAGCCGCGUGAAGUGAAGGGCGUGCUCCUCGCAGUGCUCGCCUGCGGGCGGACGGAAGCGCGCC